GGACCGGGAGGGAGCGCUGCGCGAGUCUGCCCUCGUACCCCGUCUUUUCGCUUACCUCACCUCAGCUAACCGUACACUGAAGCACUGUGGACUGUCCGGUUUUUUUUUUAUUUUUUUUUAUUUAUUUAAAAUUGUUGUUAUAAUAAGCGGACUCAUGGGGACCGAGGAGGAGAGAGACUGGGUGGAUGUGGCUAAUGAUCUCCUCAGCAAGUGCCACAUUAACCUGAGGCUGAAAAAGCUGACGGACUGCGAUGCUGCUGUUUUUGUAGCCUUGUACGAAGCAAUCUUGGGGGAAAAGGUUCCAGAUUACGUAGGUGCUCCAAGCAGUCUGGAAGAUGACGUUCACAAUGUGCAGUCAGUGAUCGACUCCCUGGCUCUGGAUUACCUCCAGAUCAGCUUGUCACACAUUACAGGUGAAAAUAUCGUGAGAGGAGACAAAGAAUCCAUCAGAAACCUGCUUGAAAUAUUUGAUGGAUUGCUGGAAUACCUAACAGAACAAAUAAGUGAAGAGGAAUUGCCCGGCGAAGGAGCAACUAUUUCCACAGAGCUGGCGGAGGAGCAACUGGUGGAACAGGAGAAGCAGGCCAUGCUAGAGUGUCUUUCCCAAGCCUCCAGUGUCCAAUCUGCUCUCCACUCCAGCAAGUGUUCCCUUCCUUCUUGGAGUGCCGAUGGGUCAGAGUCAACAGGCAAUCUCAUUCGCCUGGGGGAUUCUGCCAGAUCAUUCGUUCCCAGACAAGAAGAACUGACCAGUGAAUUUCACCAGUCAGAGCCCCUCUUGUCCAGGCUGGUGGAGUCACCCUUAACCACAGAGCAAGACGUGGUUGACUCGCCUGCAGGCCCAGCUCUGUCUCUGGCCGCAACCAGCGUUGUCGCAUCUCUCCUUAGGGGCCCCCUGCGCUCCGCCAUCCCCUUGCAGCCCCCAUACCAGACAACUCCGCUCCGGCCAGAACAACACUGUAACUCUGGUACACAGUCCCCAUCCUGCAUACCGAUUCAGAGAGGGCACGGGGACAGGGAGGUUCCCGUCCCUGUAAAUGCUAACAGCCAGCCCCCGGGGCCAUCGUGCAACAGCACUCCAGCUAAUGGGCUGCACUCUCCUCAUCUCUCCCCUGAUGAAAGUGAGAGGUCUAUGUCCAGUGUGGCCCGAGCAGAAGUGGACAAGGAGCAAGUGGAGUCUUCAAGCACGGGGCCCAGAAGGGUUUUAUUUCGCACACAGCCUGAUGUCCUCUUCCUCACUCUGGAUGACAAGGUAGGCCACAGCAAUGUGGAAGAAGAGAAGGAAAGCAAUCUGAGCUACAGGCCAAGCUCAUCGUCCAGACAACGGUGUCGAGGAGGACACGGAGGCCGGACCUGUCUCAGAGAGGGCCACACGACUAUGGAGCAGGAAGCGGACUUGGUGGAGGAUCCCCUGUCCCAGCGCAGACAGAGGAACAGACAGGCCGAGCAGGAGCUGCACCAGAUGUCAGAAAAGCUGUCGCAGCGCCUGGAGGAGCUGGAUUUGAUGCUAAAGAGGGCCUUGGGUGAGAUGGAUGUCUCAGAUGGAACCAGGGAGGAGGACAAACAGUCUCAGCACAGUGACAGUAUCAUGGAGUGCCAUGAAAUCCAGAUGAAUGCUGAUGCACUAGAUGGUACAAAGUCCUCCCGCACAUGCUCCUUGUCUCCCUCUCCCCCACCUCUCCACCGCUCCCUGGAGGCUCAGCUAGGGGGCGCUGUCAGCAGAGACUCCCAGGAACAUGUGUUCAAGAUGCGAGAGAAGGAGCUGCAAAGUCAGCAGAUGGAGAGCAAGGCACUGAGCAGAGUGUAUGAGAAGGAGCUAAAACAGUUUGAGGAGAGGGAGAGGGCAGACAUCGAGGAGGCACGUGAGCGAGCCCAGGAAGCGGAGAGAGAGUACAGAGAAGCCAUCUGGAAAGACAUUCCCCGUCCCUCCAAACCUUCCCGUGUGUACAGCCCUAAGGUGGUCCCUCAGCUCCGGCCCCCUAGGGCUCGAUACUCUACUCUUGGCCGAGGGAGAGCGCAUCCGCGGAAACCCACCCCAAUGAAGAUCCAUGAGAAUGAUCUGUUGCCUACCCUCCUGGAAGAGUUCCCACAUCUGCAGCUCUCGCCACACACCGUCAAUCGCAUGUGGAAGCAGCAGCUGAAGCAGGUGGACCGACUGGCCCCGCUACCAGACCAACGAAGCCGCGUUAAACUGGCCAAUCAGGUGCUGGAGGCACAGAGGAGGCGCGACCUGCUGACGGAGAUCAUCCGAAAGGAACAGGAGCACAACCACCGCCUGAGGGACUUUCGGGAACGGAUACAGCAGCAGAAAUCCACCCAGAAUAAGCUUCGGGAGCAGAGGCAGCAGGUUGCUCGGGCCAGGAAGUACUACAACGACUACCAUGUGCAGCUGCGUGCACGCUUGAUGAGGGCCCGAACACGGGAGGAGCGGAUGCUGAAGCAGAUCUUUGAGGAGGGCCUGGAACUCCAGAAGGCUCAGCUGAGGGAGCAACGUGCCUAUGCCAAAGAGCAACGCUUGGAGCAUCAGCGCCGGCACCGGGAUGAGCUUGAGUCCAUGGAGAAUUACUACAAGGACCAGUUUUCCAUGUUGGCUGAAUGUCUUGCACGAGAACGACAAGAAAUCCAAGUGCGGAAGAAGGCCCAGGAAAAGGCCCUUGUGAAGCUGAAGAGGGAGCUGCGAGCCAGGAUGGAGCGAGAGAUCAGGGAGCUGCAGAAGAUAAUCAUCCAGAACGAUGAAGACGAUUACUUCCGUGACAUGGAGGUGGAGAGGCUACGGGGACGGCUGCACAUGGCAUCAUUUCAGUAUGCUGCUAGCCACCUGUCCUGAAUCACCUGGACCUUCCCAUUACCCACAUGCCUCUAUAUGCUGCUAGGUGCCACGUAACCACAUUCUUGGUGGUUUCGGGACACUUCCUUUUAUUUAUUCAGUCGUCAUCCCCCCUUCCUUUUAAAGUAUUUCCAACUCAAACUUUGUUACAGAACUACGCAAGUGACCUUCACUAAAUCAAAUGCAACAGGUGACCAUGGUAGUAACUUCAGUUUUUCACUUAAACUUCUCAGUUGAAGGCUGUAAACACAGACUACAGCCAACUAGGUUUUUAAUUUAAUGUAAAGUUUUGCUAUGGGACUAAUUCUGGUUUCUGUGGAUUUCAAUCACUAGAGGGAGCAAAGGAACAGUUUCUCCCUUUAUCAUUUAGUUGAUGUCCUGAUUUUUAAAAUAGAUAAAUCUGUAAAAGGAUCCAGGCAUUUAACUUUGGUACAGGUGAAUGCUAAAUGUGUCGCUAUAGUAUUAUGAAAACUAAUCCCCCGCUAUGAAGUGGUUACAAUCUUCCUGGGUGUAGUUUUCUUAGGAAUAAGACAAUAGAACACACUGUUAUAAACAUUAUGCUGCAAGGUGCACACAGCAUAGUUUAUUGCUCAUGUUCUGCAUGGAUAUAAGUUUUCUAAUAUCUGGUUUUAUACAGGUGUAAGUUGACUCACAACAGCUGGUGUAAAACUAAACUGUAAUAAAUGCAAACAAUGGAAAUGAAACUAAACAAUAGUUGCUUAAAUUCAAGAUGGGUAAAUUUAAUCAAUUACACACAAUACUCUUUUAUAAAAGAAAUAGUGUGUUAUGUACAACAAAUUGCACUGGUCAACUCUAGAGAUAGUUAUGUGUGUGUGGACCAUGCUACAGGAAGCAAUUUCCAAAAUCUGCUUCUGACACACGAGCAACUCUGGCUCCUCACAUCCACAGACUUGUCCUUCAGGAGAACACAGACUAAUGUAGUGAGACACUAAGUGGAAGCAGUAUGUGGACACUGGACAUCAGCCAGCCUGAACAAGUCAAACUCUUCAGUAGAUGUAUAGAAGCUGCCCAGUCACUUAAAGAACCCAGGUCUGCACAUGUGACGCUUUCCUCCUUUUUAAGUUAAAUUAAAAUGUCAUGCGAGUGGCUUAUGAACAAUAUCCUAUACUGUACAAAGCACCAUCUCAGGAUACUCAUUUUCUUUAUCCAGAGACUUUAAAAUUUGCUUACACCCUAAAAGUAUGUAUGCAAACUUUAAGCAACAGUCCAUGGUCAUAAUUUGCUAGACAGCAUAAAAAUGAAAAUUCUUAGUAACUUGAAACAAACGCAUACAGAACUUAAUAAAUAUUUAGAACUCAUAUGCAGAGCUGUGUAUAGUCAGCGCCACUAAGUCUUAUCCUCAGUGCCCUGACGCAAAGGGCUGUUCAUUCACAAGCAGUUCUUUCCGCUGCUUCUUGCUCUUUUACCCCAAAAGGAGAGGGGUGCAGAUCAGCCUUGAAAAUCGCUGCUGCUCAGCAAAGUGUGUAAGACAUGCCUCUGGAAAUAACCUCUGUAUUUACAUCUUUGCGCAAAAAGAAGGGGGGGGGAAAAAAAAGACAUCACCUGAGAAUGUAUGUGGUGUGAGGUCUGUAAUGUAGGACAGAAAAGAAUAGCCAUAUACAAAAUAUAUUUAUACAUAUAUACUCAAAAUUACAGGCAUAUAGAUUUGUAUUUUCAAAGCACUAUAGAUUGAGAAUGUGGUACAUAAUUUGAAACUAAGAGGGGGGGGAAAAAAAAAAAAAAAAUGCACCUCCUGCCCCCUACAAGUUUGUAAAGUGCUAAAGAGUAUUAAGGACAGUUCUAGUCUUAAGUCAUUUUCAAAAUGCAGAAAUCUUCCCUAAGCUUCUUCCUGCGAGUUCAGAAAACUCAACUUCCUCCUUAGGUGGCCAUUGUCAGGGUGAAAGGGUGCAGUUUGGCAGUGCUCUACUGGUUAUUCUGCAGAAGAGGAGUCAGCAUCUCCAAAUGAUCUGAACGAACAAGGGGCUCAAACGCCAGUUCAUACCACAACUUUAAGACUGAACUGACCAGCGCAACUACUAUUGCACCAGGAUACACGGGAGGAUGACUGUCCCCUCAGCGUCCCUUUGAGACCCGUCUGCGAGCUUCCUGCUGGACAGUCGCUUCAACUGGUUUCAGGUUUGACCACCAGCUAUCCAUGAACUUCAUUCAAGCUUAACUGUUUCAAAAAUCUAUAAGUUAAACAUUAAUACUUUGAGUAAUACAAAAAAUAUAUUCAAGGAAAAAAAAAAAAUCUGGAAGAACUGGUAUGAAACUCUUGCAUUUUAAUUCAGAUCUCACUAAAAUAAGGUAAGCACAGGUAGCCAAGCUUCUGCAAGCGCAGCUGAGAAGGAAGCAUAAGGGUGUCCUAAGACAGCUACCUUGCAAAAGUGUAGCUGGGGCAAGAGACUGCUACUGUGUACGUGUAGGUAAGAGGGACGUUUUCAAGGAUGGGAAGACUGCUACCUCACAAAGGCGCAGCUUGGGGGGGGCAGUGGAGGCUGGGGAAGACAGCCAUCAUCUCUUACUGGUAAAAGAUUUCCAUGCCAAACUGUACUACCAGUAGUUCACUUGUGCUGUUCUUUCCCCCCCAGAAGUUCAAGCUUGACGGUUCACUUGGGGAGGGGGG